AUGGCACAGAAGUCUAUAGACGAUUGUUCAACAGCGAUCGAACAUCGAAACAUGAAGGCGCUUCUGCUCUCCGGUUUUCUGGUUCUUCUGGCAGCCACUGCAGCCUCUGCAAGAAUAGCGGCCGACUUGCCCUGGGUGUGUGGCCCCAGAGAGGUCUUCAAGGAAUGCGUGAGCAGCAGCUGUGCCGAACUCAAGUGCGGCAUGGAAGGCAUGCCAGAAGCCUGCACCAUGGACUGCGCCAGCGGCUGCUUCUGCGCUCCAGGCUUCUACCGCAAGGGGCACAGAGAAUGCGUUCCCUGGAGCGAGUGCCAAAUCGAGCCCCUCAAGCCCAUGCCUAAGCCUUGAACGAAUUUCAAGGCCGUUCCGGACCUCUCUUGCUAGAGUGAACUGCUACUAAAUAAAACCUAGAUUGUAGGCGAAGCAAUUUUCGUGUUUUUGUGUUUUAUUCGCGAAUUUGUGCGUAGCGAGGCGUAG